CAUACACAUGUUCCACUUCGCUUUCACAGAGAAGGAAAUCACUUUCACUUAGGGAAACUUUAGCUUUUGCAAUCUCUCCCUAAAGUGGAAUUCCUUCUUCGUCUUCAUCUUCUUCAUCCGCUCCUCUCCACAACAUCCAGUCUCCACUAACUGCCUCUUUAUCACUUUAAAAAUCCCUCCUUUUUCACUUUCUACGUAUGCGGCCUUCACCACCCAUUGAAUUGUAGAACACGACUUUGUUGCCUUUCAGGGGGAGAGAGAGGGAGAGGCAGAGAGAGAGAGAGAGAGAGAGAGAAGUGAAUUUGUGCUGAAGGAAGCUAAGGGGGGUGGAGGGAAUGGGGAGAGGGAAGAUAGAGAUAAAGAAGAUAGAGAAUCCAACAAGCAGGCAAGUAACGUAUUCAAAGAGGCGACUUGGGAUCAUGAAGAAGGCAGAGGAACUCACAGUGCUCUGCGACGCUCAACUCUCACUCAUCAUCUUCUCAAGCUCCGGCAAGUUAGCUGAUUUCUGCAGCCCUUCCACAGACGUUAAAGAUAUAGUUGAGAGGUACCAAAAUGUUACCGGAAUUGAUAUAUGGGAUGCGCAAUAUCAGAGGAUGCAGAACACUCUGAGGAAUCUCAGGGAGAUUAAUCGUAAUCUUCAGAAGGAGAUAAGACAGAGGAAGGGGGAGAAUCUGGAAGGGUUGGGCGUUAAAGAGCUGCGCGGUCUUGAGCAAAAAUUGGAGGAGUCGGUUAAGAUUGUUCGGCAGAGAAAGUAUCAUGUGAUCGCUACGCAAACAGACACUUGCAGGAAAAAGCUCAAAAGCAGCAGACAAAUAUACAGAGCCCUAACGCAUGAACUGCAGAAGCUGGACGAAGAGAAUCAACCGUGCAGUUUUCUCGUAGAAGAUCUAAGCUGCAUCUAUGACAGCUCAAUCUCAAUGGCAAAUCGGCUGCACCGGAGUGAGCCAAAUGUGCAGAAAGUAGUUCGUGAGUGUCAUGAGUUUGGCUUUGAUUGACCUGCAAUUUUCUAUUACUUUGUGUUACAAUGUGGAUUUGUUUUCAUGGCUUAACAUCAUAGGAUUGUAUAAACUAUUUUUUUGUGUGCAAUGUUUAAGUUCUGAUCUUGAUAUUAAGUUCUUGUUUUUGUUAUAGAGAAGGAAGGAAUAUUGCAAUAAGUUUUUAGAUAUAUAAGGGGCUGUUCCGAUCACACGUGCAAUGUUCAAAUAUUUUGAAUAUUUAACAAAACGGCACUCUUCAAAUGU